GUCACACGCCUAGCCUUCUGCCGCCAUAUUUUUUCGGUGUCGAAGAAGCAACAAAAUCGUCCGUUUAUUCCAAAGGUUUGCCUGGGAUUUAGCCGCUAAACUAACUAAAUUCUCAAACAAGAUGAGUUCUAAACGAACAAGGAGUGAAUCUAGCAAUCUCUGCGUGGUUUGUUGUGAAGAAAUCGAGUUUUCUGCAGUCGGGAAAUGCGAUCACCCGGUUUGCUACAAAUGUUGUGUCCGGAUGCGCGUAUUGAAGCAAGAAAACUAUUGCACUGUCUGCCGAAGUGAACUUUCCAUGGUCUAUCUUGUUGCUCACCCAGCACCCUGGGUGUCUAUGAAGGAGAAAGCGCUGAAGGGCCUAAGUGAUAAAAAAUAUGGGAUCUACUAUGAGACAAAGGAAAUCAGGGAUAAUGUUAAAUUUCUACUUGAGCAUCGUUGCUAUAUAUGUCCUGAGCAAAGGCCAUUUCAAACCUUCAAAAAACUCGAAGACCAUAUGCGCCAGACCCACCAGCUGUACUUCUGCGCUCUGUGUGUUAAACAUUACACCAAGUUUAGUCAUGAACGGAAGGCUUAUACCCGCCAGGAUCUAGCAAGGCAUCGGCGCAUAGGAGACUCUGAUGACAAAUCCCACAAGGGUCACCCUCUCUGUCAAUUUUGCGAUGAGCGUUUUCUCGAUAAUGACGAGUUGCAUGGUCACCUGCGGAAAAAUCACUUCUGGUGUCAUUUCUGUGAGACUGACGGAAAGCAGCUUUACUACAAUGAUUAUCCCAAUCUGCGGGAGCAUUUUCGUCAUGAUCACCUUCUCUGCGAAGAGGACGAAUGUAGAUUUGAGCAGUUCACCAAUGUGUUCAGGACUGAUAUUGACCUACAAGCCCAUAGGGCUAACAAGCACGGCAGGAAGCUGACUAAAGCACAGGCUAAACAGGUGCGCCAAGUGGAGUUGGACUUUACAUACAAUCGCCCCCCUGCGCAGGGCAGAAAUAUUACAGGAAGAGAUUAUAACGAGGUGAACUCUAGCAACAGGCGUCACAGACGAGACCGAAAACCCCAGGGUAUAAGUAACCAAGAGCAAAGAGAUAUCCAAGCAGCUGUAAAGUCAUCCUUAGAAAGUGCACCUCGUAAACCCUCUCCACCCAUACCUGAGGAAUCACCUCCAGGUGCAAUGGCUGCACCCAUUCCUACCCAGGACAAUAACCACUACCCUUCUCUCCCUGGCUCAAAAACACCUUUAUUAACACAUGUACCCUCUAAGCCUCUCUCUGUCACUGAACAUUAUCCUGCACUUCCUACUGCUAAGGCUGGGAAAAGUAAUGGAUCUCCUAAACCUUUCAAGAAAAAGGAACCCUCUAAAGGGACUUUUAGGGGUUCUUCCAUUAAUAGUGGAAUACACUCACAUGAAGAUUUUCCUACUCUUGGGGGUGGUGUAGGUGGUGGGGCUAAACCGAAGUCUACACCCUACACCACCCCUCAAGGGGUUUCAACUGUUAACCCCCCACCAGGUUUAAGUUUGGUACAAACUGUUGCACCAAGUCAGCCCCCACCAGGGUUUGGGGCUGAAACUCAACCAGCAAAAAUUACUGAAGACAAGAAGAAGAGUGGUGUACCCCAAGGACAGCCUACGGCCACCAGUGUUUCAGUCAUGGAUAUAACUACCCAGAAAAAUGCAGAAGAUUUAACUAUAAGUAAGAAACCAGAGAGUGUAAACAAACAGGAGCGUAACCAGGCUUUGAUCGAGACUAUAAGAGCACUGUUAGGCAAUGAUAAAGACAAAUUUCAGCAGUUUAAAACACUCUCCGGGACAUUCCGUCAAGGUCUUUGCACAGGUCAAGAAUACUAUGCUGAAUGCAUGCAUUUAUUUGACCACAAUUUCACUCAAGUUUUUACUGAGCUGGUAGAUUUACUGCCAGAUCCGCACAAACAACAAGAAUUGCUACAAGCUCACAAUGAUGCCAAAGCGCUGGCUAAACAACAAGGGAAAAAAAUUACCAAGGACUCCUCAAAGAGAAAUAACGCCUGGGUGGCCCGGCCAGAACAACAGGCCAAACCAGUUCAAAGACAAGUUCCUAGUCACCCGCCUGGUUUGUCAGCACCUGCAGGGGUAGAAGCUGAUUUUCCGUCACUUCCUGUCGCGUCCAAGCCAAUGCGCCCAGCAUUUUAUCGCCCCAAUAAAACUGCUCUUAAGAGUGCUUGGGUGCGAGGAAAGUAAAUAAUUUGUUGCCAAUAAUUUUAUUGACUUAUGUUCUGUCUGAUACUUCACCUUUUACCUCAUUCUUUCCCGCUUAUAAUGUUGCCAGUAUUUUUACAACUGUACAUUUUGUGUCCCAGUAUUUUGUAAUGGAAUAACACUGAUUUUAUAAUAAACCAUUGGGUUUAUCUGCA